GCUCGAUGGACAACACAAUUGACGAAUGUUGAAAGUUACUAUCUUAUUCAGUGAUUCAUAAUUCUUUUCCAACAUAGGUUUCCAAAAAUACAGAUUUAUUUAGAUUUUUACUUUACUGGCUCCAAUGUGUAGCCUACAUCCGUGUUGCUGCCUCUACCGCGCAGACUCGUCACUGCGGUUCACUGCGUUUCCGUGUUAGCUGGGCUGGCUAGCUGAUAGUGGCUGUCGUCAGGAGAUCCGACGAUCGACUCCGACUGGAUAUUGUAUCGAUGGAUAAAACAAAUAUUUUCGACAAUGCAUUAAUGUUCAUAAACUGUGUACUUGUGAAUGAUGCUAUGGAAAGUGCGGUGACUACACCGUCCGUAACAUGCGAUAUAAUCAAAACAAGAUAUUAGCCAAGUGUGCGUCUUUAGAGCAGCUUACGUUAUCUAGGUAACUGUUACCGCUAUAUAACAUUUAUGGUGGCUUCGUUGAUCCAUUUUUUGUGUUUUGUCCUCGUCUGUAUUGGUGGAAAAUGAAGAAGUUCAAUAUCAGAAAAGUGCUGGACGGCUUGACUGCUUCUUCUUCAUCUGGCACUGCAUCUCCACAACCAGGAACUAAUCAAAACGAUGUGAUCCAAGAGACGCUACAAUCGGAGCAUUUCCAGCUCUGCAAGACUGUGCGCCAUGGGUUCCCCUACCAGCCCUCCUCCAUGGCCUUUGACCCUGUGCAAAAAAUUCUGGCCAUCGGGACUCAGAGCGGAGCUGUGAGACUUUUUGGCCGUGCUGGUGUGGAGUGUUACUGUCAGCAUGACAGUGGUGCAGCUGUAAUCCAGCUUCAGUUUCUGGUCAACGAGGGGGCGCUGGUGAGUGCCUUAGCUGAUGACAGCGUUCACCUGUGGAACCUGAGGCAGAAGCAGCCAGCUAUCCUGCACACUCUCAAAUUCAAUCGGGAGAGGAUCACGUUUUGUCACCUGCCCUUCCAGAGUAAAUGGCUGUACAUCGGCACAGAGAAAGGAAACAUCCACAUCGUCAACGUUGAGUCCUUCACACUGUCAGGCUACGUCAUUAUGUGGAACAAAGCCAUCGAACUGUCCUCCAAGUCACACCCUGGGCCUGUGGUCCACAUCAGUGAUAACCCCAUGGAUGAGGGAAAGAUUUUGAUUGGAUUUGAAUGUGGGACCGUGGUGUUGUGGGAUCUGAAAUGCAAAAAAGCUGACUACCGCUACAAUCAUGAUGAGGCCAUCCACUCAGUAGCCUGGCACCAUGAGGGAAAACAGUUCACCUGCAGCCACUCAGAUGGAACUCUGACCACAUGGAACGUACGUGUCCCCGCCAAGCCUACAAUCACCAUCACACCACACGGUAAGCAGCCCAAGGAUGGAAAGAAGCCAGAACCAUGCAAACCUAUCCUCAAAGUGGAGUAUAAAACGACUAGAGAUGGGGACGCCUUCGUGGUCAUGUCUGGAGGCCUGUCCUAUGACACGGGGUGCAGGAGGUCCUGUCUGACGGUGAUGCAUGGGAAGAGUACUGCCGUUCUGGAGAUGGACUAUCCCAUCGUAGACUUCCUCACACUCUGCGAAACACCAUAUCCUAAUGAUUUCCAGGAGCCUUAUGCUGUAGUUGUCCUCUUGGAAAAGGAUUUAGUUGUCAUCGACCUUGAACAAAUUGGGUACCCAAUAUUUGAGAACCCGUACCCUCUGUCGAUCCACGAGUCUCCAGUGACGUGCGUGGAGUACUUUGCUGACUGCCCUCCUGAACUCAUACCUGCACUUUACUCUGUGGGCUCCCGGCAAAAGAGACAGGGUUACAGUAAGAAGGAAUGGCCUAUAAGUGGUGGUAACUGGGGCCAAGGCACACUGAGCUACCCUGAGAUCAUCGUCACUGGACAUGCUGACGGCUCAAUCAAGUUUUGGGAUGCUUCUGCAAUAAUGCUCCAAGUACUGUACAAGCUGAAGACUGCCAAGGUGUUUGAGAAGGCUCUGAAGGGCGGUAAGGAGGAGAAGCCGAGCACAGAGAUAGUGGAUGAGGAUCCCUUUGCCAUCCAGACUUUGUCGUGGUGCCCAGAGAGCAGAAUGCUGUGUGUGGCCGGAGUCUCCGCCCACGUCAUCAUCUAUAGGUUCAGCAAACAGGAAAUGACCACAGAGGUGGUGCAGCUGUUGGAGGUGCGUAUGCAGGGUGAGCUGAACGAUGUGGAUUCUCCAGACCCAGCAGGAGACCAUCCUCCCACCCCCUCUACCCCAGUACCCCCCUCCUCCUCCAGCCCCACCCAGGAGGGAGAGCCCUCUGAGGCCCAGCCCUUCACCUCUGAUGACCGGCCCAGAGAUAACGUACCAUGCCUUAAGGUCCGGAGCGCCCCUUUGAAGCAGUCUCCUGGUUACCAGGUGGAGCUGGUCAUUCAACUGGUCUGGGUUAGUGGGGAGCCGCCGCAGCAGAUCACCAGCCUGGCCGUCAGCUCGUCAGACGGACUUGUGGUGUUUGGCAACAGCAGCGGUCUGGCUGUCGUGGACUACCUUCAGAAGAGCCUCCUCCUGAACAUGAGCACGUCAGAACUGUACAGUCCCUCAGACCCCUACCAGAGACAGCCUCGGUCGCCUCGCAAGACACGACAGCCAUCUGGAGCUCUCAGUGAUAACAGCGAUGGAAACAACGUUUCAGAGGAGAAAAGCAACAAAUCACCAACGUCAGUGAAGUCCAAAAGCAGGCGCUUUUCCAAGACGGUUGCCAAUGACUUUGCCAAGAUGUCAAAGAAAAUUAGCUCACCUACAGAGCAAAAGACAGGCCUGGAUGCCAAAGACAGUUUGUUCAGCCGCUCGAGGAGCUCCAGUGUGACCAGUAUAGAGCGGGAGUCCCGCGAAGCGAUCUCCUCCUUCCACUUCAGUGAGAGUUUCCCCAGGAAGACAGACAGCAGCCCCAGCCCCAGCCUGUGGUUGGGGACUACCCAGGGCACUGUCCUGGUCCUCUCCCUCAGCCUGCCACCUACAGGGGACCAGAGGCUGCAGCAACCUGUCGGAGUCUCUUCCUGUGGUACUCUGGUUAGACUAAAAGGAGGUAUCCUGACUAUGGCCUUCCUGGACUCCCUUGGGGCAGUCCUACACCCUUCCUACGAGCCGUGGUCCGAGCCCAACGCUCCAGACGAGGAGAAGACGAGGAGGCGCAGGCCGGCCUCCCCACCCCCCACCCAGGAGGGUCAGGACAGCCAGUACGCUGUGGUGUGUUCAGAGAAACAGGCCAAGGUGGUGGGCCUGCCCUCCCAGUCCUGCUUCUUCAAACACAACAUCACAGAGAGCUCCUUUGUGCUGAGAGCUGAUGUGGUGCAGAUGGCCGCUGGACUCUGUCUCGCCUGCUUCUGUGCUAAUGGACACAUCAUGACUCUGAGUCUACCCAGUCUCAGACCACUCCUGGAUGUGAACUACCUUCCCCUGACAGACAUGAGGAUAGCCCGGACCUUCUGCUUCUCCAACCUGGGCCAGGCUCUGUACCUCACCUCCCCCACUGAGAUACAGAGGAUCACAUACAGCCAGGAGACCUGCGACAAUCUACAGGAGAUGAUGGGAGAGCUGUUUACACCGUUAGAGACACCUGAAGCUCCUAAUAGAGGUUUCUUCAAGGGCCUGUUUGGGGGAGGAGCUCAGUCGCUGGAUAGAGAAGACCUGUUUGGUGAGACUGCGGCGGGUAAGGCAUCUCGUAGCCUGGCGCAGCACAUUCCUGGGCCCCAGGGCAUGGAGGGUAUGAAGGGAGCAGCCUCUGGGGUGGUGGGGGACCUGGCCCGUGCCCGGAUAGCCCUGGACGAGAGGGGGCAGAAACUGGGCGAGCUGGAGGACAGAACCGCAGCCAUGAUGGCCAGCGCUGACUCCUUCUCUAAACACGCUCAUGAUAUGAUGCUGAAGUACAAAGAUAAGAAGUGGUACCAGCUCUGAUGGCAGCGAGGGGAGACAGUGGGACGCAGUUGUUUUGUUGCACCACUUCAUUAUCUACAGGAGAUGCAGCUCCUUCUCCUCUUCCUCCUCCUCUUCUCCAUCUCUCUGCAGGAGGAAGAGGUGUUGUAUAACAGACUGAGAGGCUUUCUUCCUAGCAGCACAAUACAACACUGCAUUACCUCAGUCACCUGGUUACCACUGAGGACGAGUAGACUGACUGACUGAAGCAGACUGACUGAAGCAGACUGACUGACACAGACGGACUGACACAGACGG